CAAAACAAAAGAGUAACAGUGUACACUAUUCACUUCUUUAUAUUUCAUAACCGAAGUACAAAUCACAACACUUCUCCUUUGCAUAUAUAAAUGGGGAAAGAAGCUCAACUAUUUUUGGGAGCGCAUAAAGCAAAACUAGCAGAGACUCACAGGACUACCAAACAAAAACACAAUCAUUCACAAGGUUAAGGAGAGAGCGGCUCACGGUGGGUACAGCUAUGGAUUCUGAUCGAUCUCUAUCUUCAUUUCCUCAAAGUCUCAGCUGGGCUUGUCGGAAUUGCGCCAAGUUCCGGUCGUUGAAACCUGUUUUCCGGCAACUGCGUCAGGUUCCAGAAGGUUUCUAGCUUAGUCUCCGAUUUUGUGGUCCAAGACUCCCAACUUGGCUGGAAUAUCAAGAUUUUGAAUCUACAACUUGGUCAAUUGGGUAUUGGGUUGGCGUGGAAUUGAGUACUAGUUAUAAUGGGGCACUUAUCAUCCAUGUUCAGUGGACUUGCAAGAUCACUAGCAUUGAAGAAGGGGAAGAAUAGUUCUGGAUGUAAAUGUAAUGUAAGAGAAGCUGCAGAGGCAAUGGCAAAGGAGGCGAAGAAAAAUGACUUGAUACUCCGAACUUCUGGAACUGUCAAUAUUGAUGGCUCAAAUAAUUUGGCUUCAGUUUUUAGCAAGAGAGGCAACAAAGGAGUCAACCAGGACUGCUGCUUUGUGUGGGAGGAAUUUGGGUGCCAACAAGAUAUGAUGUUUUGUGGGAUCUUUGAUGGGCAUGGACAAUGGGGACAUUUUGUGGCGAAAAGGAUCAGAGACACAAUGCCGACCUCGUUGUUGUGUAACUGGCAAGAGACACUAGCUCAAACUUCACUAGAUCCUGACUUGAAAGAGUUGGACUUGGAAACGGAUAAAAAGUAUGAUCAGAGGUUUGACAUAUGGAAGCACUCCUAUAUAAAAACUUGUGCGGCUGUUGAUCAAGAGCUUGAGCAAGAUCGCAAAAUCAAUUCCUUUUACAGCGGUACCACUGGUCUCACCAUUGUCAGACAGGGUGAUCUUAUUGUCAUAGCAAAUGUUGGUGAUUCUCGAGCUGUUUUGGGUACAACUUUAGAAGAUGGAAGCUUGGCGGCAGUUCAGCUUACUGUUGAUUUCAAGCCCAAUUUACCUGAGGAGGCUGAGAGAAUAACUCAAAGAAAUGGGAGAGUUUUCAGUUUAGAUGAUGAAACAGGAGUUCAUAGGUUGUGGCUACCUUAUGAAGAAUCACCAGGACUAGCAAUGUCUAGGGCAUUCGGAGACUACUGCGUCAAGGAUUUUGGACUUAUUUCCGAGCCUGAAGUUACUCACAGAAACAUAACAAGCAGAGAUCAAUUUGUUGUGCUAGCAACUGAUGGGGUAUGGGAUGUGAUUUCGAACGAAGAAGCAGUGGAAAUUGUGGGUUCAACAGCAGAGAGGGAAAAGUGUGCCAAGCGACUGGUGGAAUGUGCAGCUGCAGCAUGGAGGAAGAAGAGGAGGGGUUAUGCAAUGGAUGACAUUUCCGCUAUUUGCCUCUUCUUUCACUCUUCCUCUUUGUCUCAGCAAGUUCACCCCAUUAGUACACUUAAAUAGGCUAAUGAGCAAAGAUUAUUGCUGAUCGAGAGCUCCUUGUUUAUCUUGUAACUUGUUAUUUAUGGACCAUAGUUCGAUUAAAUAUUUAGUUUCCAUAUGCACAUCCCAAUCCGAGCAUUAUCAAUUUUUUGGCAUGAUAGAUUUGCAAUAUUAUGCAUUAAAAGUGUUCAUAU